AUGGCAAUAGAAGACGAAACAAAUGAGAGUGCUCCCAGAUGUGCGAAUGUACCAACUACUCCAGCUAUUUUCCCUACGAUAGAUCACAAUCACCCUCUAUUUCUUCAACCGACAAAUACUCCAGGUAGCUCACUCAUCUCUCUUCAGCUAACUGGUUCGGAUAACUAUGCAUUGUGGAGUCGAUCUAUGAGAAUAGGUCUGUUAGGUAAAAGCAAACUAGGAUUUGUGGAUGGUAGAUAUCCAAUAUCGAAGUUCAAACCUGAAUUUCAUGAGCAAUGGGAAAAAGUAAAUGUUGUGGUACUCUCUUGGAUUAUGAAUGCUAUGCGUUCAGGUAUGGGAAGAUCUGAAGGAAAGGUUGACAAAGUGAAUGUAUCUAGGAUUCUGUACUUGCAUAGAGAGAUCCAUACAUUAACACAGGGAACAAUGAAUGUAGCUGAUUAUUUCUCGAAAUUAAGAGAUCUAUGGGAUAAGUUUGAUGCACUCAUUCCUUGUCCUGGUUGUCCAUGUUUAGAGUCAAAGAAAUAUGCAGAGCACUUUGAAUAUCAUAGGUUGCUUCAGUUCCUUAUGGGACUGAAUGACUCUUAUUCCCAAGCUCGAAGCCAAAUAAUGAUGAUGACACCAGUGCCUAGUAUUAACAAGACAUAUUCUCUUCUUAUGGAUGCCGAAAUUCAGAGAAACCUGGCAAACUUUACGCAAAUGGUGCAAGUAAUAGAAGUUAGUGACAACACUGCUAUGUAUGGCAACAAAAAUCCAAAUCCUGGCACUGGACAAUCUAGAGCUUAG